AGUGAGAUAUGUGCUUCUUUCCUAACCCAAAACCAGUUUUCUUGAAAGCUUCUCUGUUUUGUAUUAGCCUUACUUGAUCUGAACAAGAUCUGGAUGCAAUGGUUAAAUCUCUCAGUUUGCAUGGGACUAGUAUCUGCAUAUUCAUUAUGAUCAUCACUGUUAAAAUUGCAGUUUCUCAGCCUUCUCCAAGUGACUGCAGCCUUGAUUUGCCGUCUUCAUUACCUGGUUCUAACUCGAGUUGCAUAGGGAGAGAUUGGGGUGGGUUCCUAUCAAAAAAUUGUUGUGGAUCAUCAUUUCAUGCCUACCUCCGUGCUCUGAGUCUGAGGGCAAAUCGAACAGGACUUAUAUACCUGAAUGCCAGUGAGCAAAGGAGUUGUCUGGCCAAAAUGGAGAAAUCUGAACCAGAUGUUUUCAGUUGUGGGAUUGACAAGCUUACAAGUGGGAGUGGAGGCUGUUCUGAUUUCUCUGUUGCUAAUGUUACACAUAGGUUAGGUAGAAACCUGAAAAGUUUAACCGACAAUUGCAAAUUUGAGGGUUCUGAAGAAGUGUUGGAUCAAUUCUGCAGUUCCUGUGUAAAGAGUUGGCAGGACAUAAGAGAAAAGCAUUCCAUAUCCACAACUGAAACUGAUAUCUGUAGAUUUGCAGUGCUAGUAUCACUAACAAGUACUAGGAUCCAUGAUGAAUCAUAUAUCCAUAGAAUUUACAAAUGCCUCGAGAAUCAAAAUAACAAAAAUGAUGUAGCAGAAUCUGCAGAACCAGAAGGCAAAAAGAUGUACAAAAUUAGUACAGGCAUCUGGAUCCUAACUGGGUGCUUUGUUGGGGCUGCGGUGAUAAUUACAACUUUUGCCACCAAGAAGUUGUCCAGAAGAAGUCAUAAAUCAAAAAAUUCACCUAAAAAGAAUGCAUUUAAGAACCUGCAACUAAAGGAAUCUCAUUGUCCAAAAUUUCCACUCAAGGAGGUAUAUUUGGCCACAAAUAAUCUAAGCGACAAUAAUCUCAUUGGUGAAGGAACUGCAGGAAAGGUGUAUAAAGGAAUAUUAUCAAAUAAUCAGCAUGUUGCAAUUAAGCACAUCAUCAAUGAUGGAAAUGCAGAAACUGUUGUCAGGGAAGUCACCAGCUUAUUGCACGUGACGCAUCCAAACCUUGUUGCUUUGCUGGGAUACUGUGUAAGAGAAGAUGAAUGUUUUCUUAUAUAUGAGUUGUGUCCUAAUGGAAAUCUCUCCGAGUGGAUUUUUGGGAAGGAUAAGAUCCUAUCUUGGAUUCAACGGCUUGAGAUUGCAGUUGACAGUGCUCGAGGUCUUCAGUUUCUGCAUACAUACUCAGAAGGCUGCAUUGUUCACCGUGAUAUCAAGCCAACAAACAUUCUCCUAGGUCCAAAUUUUGAAGCAAAGCUCUCAGACUUUGGAUUGUCUAAGGUAAUCAACCAGGGUGAGACCUAUGCAAGCUCAGAAGUAAGAGGAACAUUUGGUUAUGUCGAUCCUGAGUAUCAAAAUAACCGCCAAGUCAAUUCUUCAGGAGAUGUUUAUAGCUUUGGAAUAGUACUUCUACAGAUCCUCUCAGGAAGGAAGGUUAUUAAUAUGAAUCUGAAGAAACCAAUGCCAUUGGAUAAAAUGGCAAAAUCCCUUACCAGAGGAGGCAGCAUAAUAGAAUUUGCAGAUCCUAAGCUGGAUGGGGAAUACUCAGCAGAAGCUUUUGUUCUUACAUUUCACCUGGCACUGUCAUGCACGUCACUUAAACAACAACGACCAUCCAUGGAGCGGGUUGUUGUAAAAUUAGAAGAAGCCCUUGAUGUAUCUACAAGGGCAAAAGCCUCUACUCCUGAAACCACACCUAACCGGCUUUCAUUUUCAUAGUGGAAAAUUUUGUUAACUGGUACAUAAUUAUAAGAAUGCUUUAUAAAAACGUUCAAGGAGUUAAUCUAUUGCAAUAAACAAUGUUU